UGCGCAUGCGCCAUGGAGUGUGUUUGUUUGGGUUUGUGCAGUUCGAUUGAACUCAGGAGUCACUGCAAUGAACAGUCUGCUGCUACGUCUGCGUUCGCGAUUUACUGAAAGGACCAUACUUAACUUCUCGGCUUUGCUUCUUGCAAGUAGAAUUCACUGUUGUGCAGAGAGAAGCUUUUGCACUACACCGAAGGACGAGGUGACGAAAGCACGCCAUGCGGAUGAAGCCAGAAGGAAGUACGGAAACCUGGCUCCGACUAUUUUCAGUAAAGUGAUCGACAAAUCCAUCCCUGCAGACAUCAUCUAUGAGGACGACAAGUGCCUGGCAUUCCGUGACAUCAGUCCCCAAGCACCGGUCCACUUCCUGGUUAUUCCUCGGACUCCUAUCCCAAGAAUCAGUGCGGUGGAGGAUGACGAUGCACAGCUCUUGGGACACCUCUUGGUUGUGGCCAAAAACGUGGCUCAGAAAGAAGGUUUGGUGGAGGGAUACAGAGUAGUGAUUAACGAUGGAAAGCACGGAGCCCAGUCUGUUUAUCACCUCCACAUCCACGUUUUGGGUGGCAGGCAGAUGUCGUGGCCCCCAGGCUAGGAGGGGCUCUUCCUGGGGGACCCUGGGGCUCGUGGGCCAGCCUUCAGCAGGUGUGCUAACCCAUGUACACCUGCACAGAUCCACACAUCCCCACUUCACUGAGAGGAUUUACCAGAAAACUGAUUAAAUAAAACACUGUACUCUUCAGUUUGAAA